UUGUGACAAGAACAGAUUUUCGCACAACGAGAAAAAUACACAACAAAAAAAAAAAGAAAAAUGAUAAAAGUGCAUUUGUCAUUAAAUAGCUCUGCGACUGUCGAGUUGAAUAAUUGUCGGCCAAAACGGCGAGUUUGCGUGUCUUUCCCUUUAAGGUUCAGCGGUUGCUCGCAGGCGCUCAGUGCGGCGCGUAAACUGAACCAACGUAAAUCAAAGAGUAGCUGGUGUAUUUACUCUUUUGAGCUGAUUUGCAACAGCAGUCGUGGUGGAUUAGGAUUUAUUUUUAAUGUUUUUUUUUAAAGUAACUGCAGAAAUAACUUACAAGUUUAGUUUUUCUCCUAUAGUUAUGUAUCUAUGUCUUUCGAAAACUAUGCUAGCAAGUACAAGGUAGCUAAACCAAAGCCGUAUGGGUGAUUUUGAUAGCUGAAGUUCUCAACGGAUAAAGCCACAGGUUAUCGACUGUACCUGUGACUUGAUGGUAUUAAAAUCGGUCAUCGAUUUCGUCUUCUAGAGCAGGAAUUUUAAAGAUUAAUUUAAGGAGCACUGGGAAAAUGUCUUCCGCUUUGGAGGAUCCAACAUUAGAAAGGCAUUUUAAAGGCCACAGAGACACCAUCACCAGUGUUGACUUCAACUGCAACAUGAAGCAAAUCGCCACUGGCUCCAUGGACUCCUGUCUGAUGAUCUGGAACAUGAAGCCUCAGAUGAGGGCGUAUCGCUUUGUGGGUCACAAGGAUGCGGUGAUGUCCGUGCAGUUUUCUCCAUCGGGACACCUGGUAGCAUCUGCAUCCAGGGACAAAACCGUUCGCCUUUGGGUGCCAAGUGUGAAGGGAGAGUCAACAGUGUUCAAAGCUCACACAGGGACAGUGCGGAGUGUCAGUUUCUCCAGUGAUGGACAGUCUUUGGUUACAGCCUCAGAUGACAAGACUGUCAAAGUCUGGACAGUGCAUCGGCAGAAGUUCUUGUUCUCUCUGAACCAACACAUCAACUGGGUCCGCUGUGCCAAGUUUUCACCCGAUGGGCGACUGAUAGUCUCAGCAAGUGAUGACAAAACUAUAAAAAUAUGGGACAAAACCAGCCGUGAGUGUAUCCACUCAUUUUAUGAGCAUGGAGGCUAUGUAAAUUACACAGAUUUCCACCCCAGCGGCACGUGCAUUGCAGCUGCCAGCACAGAUAACACCGUCAAAGUGUGGGACAUCCGAACCAGUAAACUGCUCCAGCAUUACCAAGUGCACAGUGCCGUAGUGAAUGGGCUUUCAUUCCAUCCCUCUGGGAACUAUCUCAUCACUGCCUCCAAUGACUCCACACUGAAAAUACUAGAUUUAUUGGAAGGAAGGCUACUGUACACACUUCAUGGCCAUCAGGGCCCUGCUACGUGUGUGGCCUUCUCCAGGGCCGGGAAUUACUUCGCCUCAGGUGGCUCAGAUGAACAGGUCAUGGUGUGGAAAACUAAUUUUGACACUGCAGAUUACGGGGAGGUGUUGAGAUUGCAACAGAGAUCCACGAGUGUGAACGGGGCUACCCAGACUGAGGACCGACAGUCAAGGACAUCGCGGCGUGUCCCAGCACAGUCCCACAGAGAGGAGCCCCCAGAAGCUGUAGACGUCUUGGAAAUUCCUGUUUCUCAUCAGGAAAAGAGGAGUCAAAGCGUAAGCAGGGCUUCCCAGAUCGAAAGAGACCCUGGAGUCAAAUCUUCCAGCUCCCAGCAGCAGACUGCAGAGACAGGAAUCUCGGCGGCCCUGGCCAGCACUUUGGAGCACAUUGUUGGUCAGCUUGAUGUCCUUACUCAGAGCAGUUCGUCACCCCUGAGAGACGAGAAGAAAACACGGACAUUAAAGAAAUUGGCUGACAGUGGCUAUCUUGGAACAGAGGCUGACAUUGACAGAAGACAAACUGAGAGAGUGCAUUGACAACCAGCACAAGAUCACCCUCCAGCUGAGACGAAGUGACAGCAGAUGACCUCUGCAGUGCUGUGGCAGAAGACCUGAUCUGUUUUUAUUAAAUAGUUUAGAAUUUCUACUUUUAACAUGAGUUUAUCUGAGGACCGCUUUUCAGAAAAUGAUAAAUGUGCCUAGCAGUUUUUCCCAUGAGUUUGCCUUGCUUACACUAUAAAAAUGUCUUUGCUUUUGUAUGGUUUGUAUAGCUCAUACUGCUCAAUACUUUAAUGUUUUCAUUGUGUUUCUCUAAACCUUCCUGUACAUCUAGCAUGAGGUACCAAAGUGAAUUAGGGAAGUCUAAUCCUGGAAUUCUUCCAUAAAUCCUAUAAUUUGACAGAAGAUUGCUCCUUCAAACAAUUUAUGUAAAAUAAGUUGCCCCAUUGAAUGGUGCCAUCCAUCCUGAAAUCCCUCAGACCUAGUUCUGUGAACUUGACGGGGCUCAAAACCUGUUUACAUAAUAGAACAGGCUUUUCAUCUCGCAUUGCAAGCUACAUUACAAGCAACAGAACCCUUUGUCAUGUGCUGUCUCUUUAGGGAUGAAAUUUAUUAGGAUGGAUUAGAUAAUUUGAGACAUAAGCGUCGUUCAAUUUCAGAAGUAUACUCAAACUGACUUAAUUUUAACAUGAAGGUCAGUGAAUCUCUUCGCAGAGACCUCAAUAGAUUUUUUUCUGAAUUACCGAGAUGAGUUGAGUGACCACCUUAAAAGGAAAGAAUUUCUUAGCCUGAUGAAAGUUAAACAGGACUCCAUACAUCAGUAAGGGCCCACUGAUUAAGAUUUCAUGAAGUAAAAAGUCUCCCAGGAUUUGCUGUGUGAUUUCACACUUUUCACACAUAUACAGUACAAUAUACUUGAAAGAUACAUAAAAUAAUUCAAUCUUUGCAUAGCAAAAAAACAUAAAAACCACAAGUUUGUGACAUAAAAUUAUUGAUCAGAUUAAAUUCCUUUUAUAAAUUUUAUAACCAUUUAUUAUUAACAAGACAUUAAUAGUGUCAAUUGGCUGGUACAGAUAGACUUGUUUUAAUAAUCACAUUUACCAAACAUGUGAUAGUGUUUUAUAAAUUUAUGGGUGUUAAUAGGUUGUUAGUUCUGCAUUUAUGAAGACUCUGCCAGCAACCUUAAAUCGAGGUGUUAGCCAGUAAUUUUGUAUGCCUUAUCCUCAAAGAGAUUCAUGUGCUGAAAGCAAUAAUAGUUCCGUAUAUGGAUUUCUUUCCACUUUUGCUGUCUUUGCAAUCAGUUUUUAUUUUUUUAUUAAUUUAAAUGGCGUACAGUGAUGUCUGUUAAACUUAUUUGUUUGUAUUCUGUUUACGUUGAUAUAAAAACCAUGUACUUUGUUCUCUGAUCAUUAAAGUUACUGAUCCUUACUGUAGGAGUGUUUUUUUUGUAUUCCUCCAAAAAAGUGUUAACCUUUAAAGCACCUUUCCACUUUAGUUGUCACCUGAGUUGAGCCUUAGUCUUUCUCUUUUUCUUGGCACUGUAAUUUAACAUCACACCUAUUUAUACACAUUUGGAGAAGUCUAAGGACUUGCAGAAAUACAUGUUAACACCUGUGUCUUGUUUGU